AAGAGAAAAAACUCACAAGCAUCUACUUGAAUUCUUUAAUAAUACAGAAGAGGAUUUAUGAAAACGGAAGAAAGAAAGAGAAAAACAAAAAGCCCCACAUCAAGUUUCCGAUUUACCCAUAUAUAUAUAUAUACCACUAAUAUAUACAUACACAUUACACAUAUAUAUACACAAAAAUCCCAAUCGUUUCAUCAUCCCCAAAGAGCUGUCUUUUUUAUUUUUUUUGGGGGGUAUAUAUAAGUAUAAGAUAUAUACGUACAGGUACAGCUACCGUUCUUGAGUGUACAGUACACAGUGAUGUAAAAGCUACAAAAAAAAAAGAUUAAAUUUUUAUUUGUGUUUUAAUUGAUGGGAGUGUAAAUGGGUUCACUUGAAACCGGGUUUCCAUCGAAGAGGAACAAUUAUUACAGUAACAACAAUGGAUUUUCAGGGCAAAGGAGCAGAUCAAGAUUUACAAGAUUGGUUUUUUUCAAGAGAGUUGACUAUCUGCAGUUGAUUUGUGGGGUUGCUACUUUGUUCUUCUUUGUUUUUCUUUUCCAGGUUUUCUUCUUGCCCGGAGAAGAUGGUAAUAAUAAUAAUAAAUCUGGUAAUAAAAUUAAUGAUUUAGUUGGGGGAAAUGGGGGAGCAGUUUUUGAUGAGCUGUUGUUCUUGAAAGAGUUGGAUUUUGGUGAAGAUUUAAAGUUUGAGCCUUUGAGAAUCUCGGAAAAGUUUCGAAAGAAUGGCGAUUUGUCGAAAAUGGUUGCGAGAUUUGGGUAUAGAAAACCGAAGAUUGCUCUGGUAUUUGCAGAUCUAGUGGUUGAUCAACAUCAAAUACUCAUGGUUACUCUUGCUACUGCAUUGCUCGAGAUCGGAUACGAAAUUGAGGUAUUCGCACCGGAAAACGGGCCCACACAGGCUACCUGGAGAGAGAUAGGAGUUCCAAUUAGCGUUAUCGCCACAUCAGACGAGAACAUCAACUGCAGUGUCGAUUGGCUAAACUAUGAUGGCAUACUCGUAAAUUCACUUAAAUCCGUGGGUUUCUUGUCUUGUCUAAUGCAGGAACCUUUUAAGAAUAUUCCUCUCGUAUGGACGAUCCACGAACAUACACUCGCCUCUCGAUUGAGAACAUACGUUUCGAGUGGGCAGAGUGAGCUCGUAGAUACCUGGAAAAGAUUCUUCUCCCGAGCCACUGUGAUUGUCUUCCCAAACUAUAUUCUUCCGAUUGAAUAUUCAAUAUGUGAUCCUGGAAACUACUUUGUCAUACCGGGAUCUCCAGAAGAAGCUUGGAAAGCCGAUAAACAAUUGGCUUUGCCGAAUAAUAAUAAUUUACGCUCUGAGCUGGAUUUCGGACAAGACGAUUUUGUUAUUGCAGUUGUGGGAAGUCAACUAUCAUAUAAAGGCGUUUGGCUCGAACAUGCCUUUGUAUUACAGGCUCUAUAUCCGAUUCUUACACACUUCGAAGAUUCUAGUUCCCGUCUUAGAAUCAUCGUCUUAGGUGGCGAUUCCACCGGCAACUAUAGUACCACUGUGGAGACAAUUGCUCUAAAAUUGGGAUAUCCAAACGAAACGGUGAAGCGUGCCACUAUCGACAGAAACACAAACACUUUGAUAAAUACCGCCGAUCUUGUAAUAUACGGUUCCUUCCUCGACGAGCAUUCUUUUCCAGACAUUUUGCUCAAAGCCAUGUCUCUCGAAAAACCAAUCGUCGCCCCAGAUUUACCAGGAAUACGAAAAUAUGUACGUAUCUUCAGC